CGUGCAUGUUCAUCGUAAUUUUCACCCACGCACUAGGGGGUGGUUUAGGUAUACGUAUAUCUUCACACACCGCAAACCGAUCAUCGCCGCCUUAUUCUAUCUCAUCUCAUUAACUUUCGAUCUUGAUAGUUUGAUGUUGAUUUGGGAUCCUAUAUUGUCUGUCAGAUGAAAGAAUAUUCUCAAUAUUGCGCAGAUCUGCCGAAACUUUCCAGGCACUGACGUUUGGCCCGUCGUGAAAGCCCCUCAACCAAAAUCCCCCGUAUGUAUGUCCGCGUACCUAAAUAUCGAUCGUCAUACGACGUUGCAGGUACGUGGAGGUAGAUUCCGGUGACGUUUUAACACGAGAGAAAAAACGAUGAGGGGCUAGAAAAGUUGGGGGUAAAGUUGAGCAGUUUGGAUACUUUCUCGGGAAAUCCGGGUUUCUGGGGUUCCUUUUCUGCAUCUGGAACGGCAUUAGAAUAUCCAUAGCUGUUUUAUCUAUAUUUUUUUGUUGCUUAUCAGCUUCAUGGUCAGAAUACUCAAUGGUGGUACUUUUAGGAACAGGGACAGUAUUCUGAUUUUAAUGUUUUCGGAGAGAAAAUCGAAACUCGCAUUCAGGCGCAUAGGCACAUUUGGGCCAGGCAUAACAAGCCACCCUCUAAUUUCUGCCAUUGAUCUCUAUAGCUCAUCGUUCUCAUUCGAAACCACAACGAGCUUAUGACCCGCGAACCGCGCAAGCAGUCACAAAACGACGUCGCGCGUCAAAUUUAAAUUUUCAAGAUGACAAUCAACAGUCUUAGGCAGACAGCGCUACAAAAAAGGAACUAGCGCUCGGUGGUCUGCUUCAAAGAGGAUCUUUGGGUUAUUUGGGUUAUGUUUGCCACGGGCGGCUGCGAUUACCAUCACGAUACAGAAUUCCGUUGACGGGAUUUAAACUACCAAGAACCUAAAUUCACUAAUAUUCAGUAUCGAUGAGGGAGAAGGACUCAAUAGAUGUUACUAAUCGAAAGCCUCGUAGAGCUAAAGGUACACCACUCUUUAAAUUACGACUUCAAAUCACUGCUGCUGUUGCCGCAGCUUUCGGAUUAUUUGGGCUGUUCGUCAUAUAUUCCCCAUUUGCAAAAAGUAUCAAUGAACAACUGACGCUUAUUGCGGCACAAUAUCAAGCCGAAAAAAAAGAACUCACACUAAGUGAUAGACUCAAGCAGCAGGAAAUGGUCAAUAUGUAUAAUACCAUACUGAAAACCAGGGAAACCGACGCUAUUCGAAAGGCAGAUAAGCUCGAUGUGGAAGAAGUAUAGGGUAGUGUACGUAAAAGAUAUUUUAACUGGAACACAUAGUAAUGGAGAACUAUAAUCUAAAACCCAUGUCCCAUAAUGGGAAAUCAAAUAAAAGCGAAAAGUUUCAUCAGAAAAAUCCAUCAUUAAGAAAUGAAAUACCAAUUCAAAAGCAAGAUGAUUCAAGUUUGAUCCAUGAAUUGAAAAAUUCCGCUAAUUCAGCAAUAGCAAGUGAAAGCAUAUCUGUAGCAGGAACAUCUGCAAGUCCUUCCAGCCAUUUAAAGUCAAGUAAUGUUCAUAACUCUGACAGAGAUGACAGCUUAUGUGAUUUUCGAUCACCUAUUAAAACUCCCGAAUUAGAUGAAUCUUUAGCCGAUUUUAUAAUCAAGCCUACUGUCUCAAUAUCAAAUAAGCGUUUGGCUUCCAGAGAAAGCAAACCACUCUCCAAGAAGAAAAAAUGUAGUCGAAAUGUGUCAAUUGGUUCAAACCAGCCAUCAAUAGAAUCAUCUUUUUUCAAGCCAAAAACAGCACUGCAACCAGCUUUUUUAUGCCCGCUUUGUUUCAAAUCAUUCAAAGAUGCAACCGCACAAAAUAAUCACAUGAAAAGCUGCGCAGCCAGAAAUAAAAUAUCAACAAAAAAGCUUCUAGAUGCCAUUGAAUUGCAGGAAAAACAGGCCAAUGAAAGGAAAGCAAUGGGGCUCCUCACAGCUCCUCCUAUACAGCCUAAAAAGACCGUAUCACGGAAAUUGAUCUCAAAUAAGGAUCCACAAUUACAGUUAGCUUUAGCUCUUUCAAUGUCACUUCAUGAAGCAGAAGUCAAUGAAGAAAUAGAUGAUGCAUAUGUCUUAGCAGGUGAAACAAGUUUUUCAAUGAAUGAAAAAACAUCAGAUGACCGUAGAGAAACUCUUCAGAUGUUUGGAUUCACUACGAACAAACCUGUAGUAGUGGCUACUGCUGGAAAAUCUAGAAAAAAGAGACUAAUGGGUCCCACUCCCUUGCAAACUCGCACUCAAGAAGAACGAGAUCGACUUCUGUCUGUAAAAAUUGCCGAAGUUCUUAUGGGGGAUGAAGCUAUAACACAAGCCGCACAGAAAAGUAUGGACAAAGUAAUAAAAUUCGAAUCGACAAUCGUUCUUAAAAGCCGUUUGCUUCAAUCUUAUCACUGCGUGACAGACAGACUAUGGGAUAAGACUCAGCAACGUCUCAAAGGUUGGAGUCCAUAUUCUUGCAAUAUUUUGGAGUACACACCUUCUAAAGCGUCACCAGAGCCUGAAAUUGAAGAGAUUGAACCAGGAUUAUGUACAGCUUCUAUUUUUCCGAAUAAUUCAACAAAAACCCCAAACCAAAUUCCAGCAGGUGAUGCAGUUGAAGAAAAUAUUCAAUCUACUUCUCCAUUGUUGAAAAGUACUUCUAAAAAAUCUGAUGUUGCAAAUGACAAAACUGUAGCACUUGAUGCAGACAACCAUUCACUUAAAAAUUUAUCCAAAAACUGGCGGACUAUGUUUGGUUCAAACUAUAUGAGUGAUGUAGUGGUGAUUACUAAAGGGAACAUUGAAAUAUCAGGUCAUCUAAUAGUGUUUUGGGCAAGGUGUUCCAACAUUAUGGCUGAAGUAAUUCCUCAUGAUCCAGAAAGAUGUGGUGAAAAAAAGGCGAAAAUAUUAUGGCUGGAUACGUGCUCUGUUGUUGCAAAUGUGUUUUUUGAAUAUAUCUACUGUGGCACCAUUGAUCAUAAUCUAGGAAUUUUUGAAGAUCAGAGAAGACUGUCCGGAGUGAGAGCCCUAGCAAGGAAAUACCAGUUGAAAGAAUUAUUCACAUAUUUGAAAGAUAAAUCGAAUGAGCUCAAAGUGAAUGAGGCAAACAUUUUCAAACAACCACCUUCUACAGAUAACGAGAAUUCAGAAUCAAAACUCUGUGUCUCCUCUCAAAAUAGUAUUGAUUCCCACAGUGAAGGAGAAGCCAGCAUUUCUUCCAUGAAAACCGACAUCUAUACUAAAUGUAGAACCUCAAGCAGUGCCAGAGCAAAUAGCGCAAUCAUAAACAAAUCAACUUCUGAUAAUAAUAUAUCCAAAGAAAAUCGACAAAUGAAAGUUUCCGCCAACUCAAAAGACGAAUAUCAUAUUAGUACCAGCAACGACUCUUGUGUCACGGAUAUUUACACAACUGGAGAAACUGUGUGUGAAAUGAUGUCUGUGACAAAAAUUGGUCAAAAAAGAAGUGUUACAAAUUCAGAUCACAGUGAUAAUGAUUCACAGUUAAUCAAUCAAGGGCUUAAAGUGGAACGGAGUGUAUCACCUGAUAUUUUUGAUGACGCUACAACGGAAGAUCAUAGUAAUAGUAAUCGAUUGUCACAACCACAUUCACACCGUUCUGAGUUCAACACAGAAUACUGUAAGGGUAAACUCGCCCCAACCAGUAAGAAUUCAAAAAUUAAAAGUGCAGAUUCAUAUGGUAGGUCACGCAACCGCAGGUCAUCCAGUGAUAAAGAGUCAAGUGAUGAUGAAACAGUAGAUACAUCAAAACAAUCUCACAUUCGAGAAUCCGAGAGGACUACAGUUGACUUUGCAUUUGUAUCUACUCGCCGUAAGCAGAGAAGCUUUGGACCAUUUCCUGAUGAUGAAAUCAUUGAGAUUGAUACUACAUGUCAGCAGAUCGAUGUACCUGAGCCAGUUACAAGACCAAAAGGUGACGUCACAAUGGCAAUUGAGAGAAUUCAAAGAUUGAAUGCCAAAACUGCAUCUGAAUCAGAUUCUGAAUAUGAAUCAAGCGUAGAAUUGCCAGUGAGAAGACGUACGAAUCCAUUUCGUCGCAGCCUUAUUAAAGCUUCAUCUAUGAUUCAUAAGAAUAUGAAAGAUGUCGUUGGUUCUGAAUCGGACAUUGAAAUUCAUCAACUGAGGAAAAGAAACGCAUUGAGCAUCUUUGAGCAGAAACUGGAAACAGCAGUUGCUAACAAUCCCGAGCUAUUCAAUCUGCCUUAUUCUGACCCUCCAGCUGAAGGGUACUCAACAGAGAGGGAAUCUCCAAAGCGUUUGGAAUCGAAAGCUAGUUCAAAUGUGCAAAAUGAAGAAUUGAAUCAUUGUCCAGAUAAUCCCGCAGAGUUAUCACAAAGGAGGUUUUCAAAAUUAUUGGAUACCACAGGUGGGGAUUUCGAUCUCACACGAGAUUCCUGUGAGGAAAGUAAAGCAGACACAGAUAUCGACACAUGUAAUACAAUCGUUGAAGAUAAAGACUUAUCCAUGUUUUCAAAAUACAAAAAGAAUCGUAGGCAUAAUAGCAUAAGUAAAUAUCGAACCGCGCUUCAAGAUAUUACCAUCCCAACUUUCGUUUCAGACAACAGAGUUACGGAUGAAAGUUUGUCCACUGAUAUUUGCCAAAGCUCAGAUGAUGGCAAAUCGAAUAAAAAUGAGGUGAUUAUCCACAAAAAUGCUCGAACAGAAAGCCGCAAAAGUUCUUCAUCAAAGAAUAAGUCUUCCCACCUGAGUCAGUACCCACCACAAACUCAUAAAGAAUUAUCAACAUCCGAGUUGAAAAAUGGAGAACAGAUUAUCAUUUCAUCAGAAAGAUGCAAUUCUACAGAUUCGAACAAGCACACUCCCAUCAAACAGAACGACUUUGAACUUUCAGAUUUAGAAAUAGAUUUAUCUGAUUUUAGUGGUAUGCAAUCUUCAGAUAAAUUUAGCAAUGGCGAAUUGAAUAGUGUGAAUGGCAAUAAGUCUACAACAAGAGCUUUGGAUUACAGACUGCUGGAUGGUAAACAGGCAGCCAACCACACAUUUAGACAGAUUGGUAGAUUCACUGAUGUCAAAUUAUCGGAUACCAAAUUUAGCACUGUGAGAAAAAAUGGUAGUGAAGAAAAUAAUUUAUCAGAUGUAGACACUGAUACAGAGCAUUGUGUGGAGUUGUCAGACCUGAGACAAUCUACAAUUUAUGAAGUUACAGAACGAUCUGAAGGAAUAAUACCCGAUAUUCAUGAUGCAGACACAGAUCCAGAGGAAAUGAAAGAUGAUCAACCAUCAAGAAAAAUACCAUCUAAAGUUGAAAUACAUAGAACAGAUACUGUUUCAAGAGAAGCAUCUAAAUCUUCAUCUUUUGGCCAGGCGCACUUAGACUCGUCUUCUUCAGACUGUGAAAUAUUUGGAGUAUUUCCACCACAAUCUAUAAAUUUUAAUAAAUUGAAGAAUGUUAGCGAUGAAGUUGAUGCUCUGCUAGAUGAAUGUAAGAUUAGUAGUCAAAUCUUUCGUGAUUCGGAAUUGAAUUUUUCUCACCACAAUUCUAGAGUUCUUUCUUUGGACUCAUUAGCACUCUCUUCUACUCCUGUGACACGCAAAGAAAAUUAUAAUAACAUUGUGCCUGGUGACAAACUCACUGAUGCAGAAUCAGAUCUCAUGGUAGAUAUAACUAAUGAAGAUUCAUUUGAAGCUGAAUGCCAAAAUACUAAAUCAUCAUUUGAUAUGAAACUAAUACGAUCAGGAAGAGAAAAAGAAAAAGAGACACAUGACACAAAUACAAAUGUGCCUUGUUUUGCCGUGGACAGUAGUUCCAGUGACAACAGUGAAUUUAACAUCCGUAAGACACAGAAUAUAGAGUCUUACGCUUUAUCAACUAAAUACAAAUCAACAAGAAAACAAUUGACACAACCCAAAUGCAAUACCGUUUUACCAGACAAGAAUUCGAAAAGCAAUGUUAAGACCUUUGGAGUUAGAUCAAUAUCAGAAAAUAUUUUGAAUACAAAGCCAACAGAUCGUGCAAAUUUCAUGAAUGAUUCGUUUGAUAACGAGUUGGCGAGAGUGUUAACACCCCCACUACAAAAUGAAAAUAUUAGUACUAAUAAUAAUCAGUCUACUCCACAACAGAAAAUAAUUUCAGAAAAUGUUACACCAUUAGCAAACUAUAGCGCCAUGAAAACACCAGAAUUAAGUAAAGAACUGCAUAAGUAUGGUUUCAAGGCACAGAAACGUGACAGAGCGAAGCAACUCCUCAGGCAUAUCUAUAAUGAAUUACAUCCAUUAGUACCUGUGGUACAAACGAACAUUGCAUUGAAUUUUACUGAAUCUAGUAGCGAAGAUGAAAGACCUCUGCCCAAAAGACAAAACAGAAGUAAAAGUUUUGAGAUAUUAAAUAGAAACAACAUUCAGUCACAGCAUGAAACGCUAGAGUCCGAUACCAGAACACUGAGUGAUGCUUCGAAUGAUAAUGAACUGUUGGAAAACGAUGAUCUUUAUAGUAUGAGCCAGUCCGAUGGAGACAAAAACUUAGAAACCGUUUUUCGCAAAUUAUUAGAGGUGGAUAUUAAUUUACAUAACAAGAUUCUGACCUAUGAACCAUUAAUAUUAGAGGAACUGCACGCAACGUUGAAGGCUCAAGGCUUAAAAUGCAAACUCAAUUCAUUAAUGGACUUUUUAGAUGAGCAGUGCAUUACCUUCCGUACAUUAGCAAGUUCGAAAAGAAAUAGAACGAGACAUAAGGUGAGCCCCAAAAAACAUCAAGCUACACAGUGAGUUAAUCAGAAGCACAACGAUUGAACGAUAAAAUUUCAAAUAUAAAAAGUCUAGUUUCGCUAUUCAACAUUUUCUUUGCAUCGCAUGUACGGAAAUCAUUAGAGUAUAAUAAUGUUUUUUUCGUUUUACUUGUAUUAUACUAUGUAUGUAUACCAUAUCUAAAAUAAAGAAAUAUUUUUCAAAGUU